AUGGAAAAGAAGGAAAAUAUAGUGAUGUUUCCAUUCAUGGCACAAGGUCAUAUCAUCCCUUUCCUUGCUUUAGCUCUUGAAAUACAGAAGAAAAGAGGCUGCACCAUCACCUUUGUUAACACACCUCUCAACAUAAAAAAACUCAGAUCCUCUCUUCCUCCAAACGCCUCCAUUCGUCUUGUUGAAAUCCCAUUCAACAGCUCAGACCAUGGCCUCCCUCCCAACACUGAGAACACCAAUGCUCUUCCUUACCCUCUCAUCUUUCGCUUCAUUGAGGCUUCCUUGUCUCUCAAACUCCCUUUCAGAAAACUCAUUUCUGAACUUAUUGCUGAGCAAAAUGGCCACCUCCCACUCUGCCUAGUCGUGGACAUGUUUUUUGGCUGGUCUGUUGAGAUUGCCCAUGAGUUUGGGGUGUCUCAUGCCAUUUUUGUAGGCGGAGGGGGUUUUGGCAUGGCGUGUUACUACUCUCUCUGGACGAACAUGCCUCACCUUGGGGCCGAUUCCGAUGAAUUUACCCUGCCUGAUUUCCCAGAAGCUUCCAAGAUUCAUGUAACUCAGCUGCCGGAAAACCUCAGACUUGCCGAUGGUAACGAUCCUUUUGCGGUUUUUCUGAAAAAGGUGUUUCCUGAGUGGUUGAAUUCCGAUGGACUAUUGGUUAACACAGUGGGGGAGCUUGACAAAAUUGGAUUGAUGUACUUCAGGCGGAAAAUCGGCAGGCCUGUUUGGCCGGUUGGACCGGUUCUCCUAUCCAUGGAAAACCAUGCUGGUGCAGGAAAAGUGCCCGGUAUCACACCAGAUCCCUGCAACAAAUGGCUCGAUUCAAAGCCUUUGAAUUCAGUUCUAUACAUAUGUUUUGGUUCUCAAAACACAAUCUCUGAAUCCCAAAUGAUGCAGUUGGCCACCGCGUUGGAGGUCAGCGGCAAGUACUUCAUCUGGGUUGUCAGACCACCAAUAGGGUUUGACAUAAACUCAGAAUUCAAGGCUGAAGAGUGGUUGCCCCAAGGAUUCGAACAACGAAUUCAAGAUCAGAAAAGAGGUUUACUUGUCCAUAAAUGGGCACCCCAGGUGGAAAUUUUGUCCCAUAAAUCCAUUUCUGCAUUUUUAAGCCACUGUGGAUGGAACUCAGUGCUUGAAGCCCUCAGCCAUGGGGUACCAAUCAUCGGGUGGCCGAUGGCGGCCGAUCAGUUCUCCAAUGUCGUGCUUUUGGAGAAAGAAGUUGGAGUUUGUGUGGAGGUGGCGAGAGGGCCUAGGUGUGAGGUUAAGCAUGAAGACAUAGUGAAAAAGAUUGAGUUGGUGAUGAAUGAUACAGAGAAAGGGAAGGAAAUGAGAAGAAAGGCACAUGAAGUAAGAGACAUCAUCAAGGAUGCCAUUAGAGAUGAAGAAGGUUUCAAGGGGUCCUCAAUGAAAGCCAUGGAUGAAUUCUUCAGUGCAGCAUUGUCAAGGAGGGAGAAGACCAAGUUGGAACAGGAGAACAAGAUCAUGCCCUUGACAUAAGAAAAAGCUACAAUUCAACCAUUUCUCUCUCUCCUACUACUUCGUUUUAAAAUUAGCAAAAGCAAUAUCAAUUGCCUUGGAGUCUUUUGCACCAA